CGCAACGUCACUUUGCGGAGGAGCAAACACGUGUGGCGGUGCUGUGGCUGUUGCUGCCGCAACAAAUCAAAACAUCCAACUUUCUACAAUCUCUCCUACUACAUAACAACCAUGUUGCUCGACGAGGAUCCCGGAACUCUCAUCCACCACACAAUCGGCAAUUUCAACAUCCACCCGGAUAAACAAGCCAUCACACGCAUCAAUGACUCGCUCUCAACGCUCCAGCAAUCGCGCGACUUGCGCAUUCGCGAAGCUGAAUCGGCUAUGCGAAAGCUCUCCCGACAUUUGAACUCCCUAUCUACCCAACACGAAGAAGCUGUGGCAGUACACGACUCGGGCAAACACGCGGCGGAGAUUGUUGAGUUGGACACCAAGAAGUUCCGCAUUGCCAAGGCUGCAUCUGAACUAGAGAUCGAAAGUGAACGUUUGGAGAGCGAGCUGGAAAUGCUCAAGGAGAGACUCGCCGAUCUCGAGUCCCAAGGUCUCGAGGGCGAUGAGCCGACUCGGCGCGAGCGUGAGGCCGAUGAUGCUACAAUUCUGCGACUUAAAAUAUUCCGCUCCCUCGGUGUCGAUGUUGAACCCGAUGAGGCGGGGAACUUCAGCCGAGCGGUCAUUCGCAACAGCCGCAAGGGUGAUGUUCAUGUUGUUAAUAUCGACCCGAAAUUCUCCCGCUUCUUUUAUGCAAACUACUUCUGGUCAACGAUGCAAGGAUGA